AGUCGAAAACGUUUCACCUCUCAUCCAAGAGGCUUCUUCAGUUCUGAAAGCCUGGUGGGGAGUACCAGAUAUUUAUCCACCAGGAGGGUGGUGGCAAAAACAAGUGGACAAAGACCCGAAACCAACAGACUCGUUAGGUGUUAAUGUGAGUCGUUAGCCUUUGAUGGGCGGUCGUUACCCCUCCCAGCCCUCUAGGAGGGUGGUUGGGGGUCACCUGACUGCAAGUGGGACAGAUGGCUGCACCUCCUUGGGAGGGCUCUAAGAACGGCGUUGUAAGUGGGAGACAAGUGGUGUCUGAGGCCCUCUCCUCUGUUCAAAGAUGGCCGUUCUAGUUUGACAUGAAUGGCUUCUUUUACCCCUCUCUCAAACCAUCUGUCCUCUCUGGCUAGAAUGCGCACCUUGUGGUCAUCAAAGGAGUGCCCCUUCUCCUUGAGGUGGAGGUGGACUGCUGAGUCCUGGCCUGUGGUCGUGGCCCUCCUGUGUUGUGCCAUGCGCUUGUGUAAUGGCUGCUUAGUCUCUCCAAUGUACAGGUCAGAGCAUUCCAAAGGACUGAACUUUGCAGUCACACCAGAUGAGUUACCGGUGGUGGACUUGGUGACGGCCACAGAAUCGGCCAUUAGGAACAAUAGGUUGUCAGAGACAGAGGCGGAACAGAUCAGGCUUAAGGUGUCGGCAGCACUCUCCAGUGCCAAGUUACCCCCGUCCAACAUCUCCGCACAGGAGAAACGGGCACUGAUAACUCUGCAGAAGGAUCCCAACAUCACAAUCUUACCUGCAGAUAAGGGGAGAUGUACUGUUAUCCUUAACACAGCUGACUAUCACUCAAAGGUCAGCAGCCUCCUAUGUGACUCAGCAACUUAUGAGACCCUAAAACGAGACCCCACCAACACCUACAAACUCAAAGUGGUUAACUGCCUGCAAAAACUGGAGAAAGGUCAGAUCAUCGACCGGGCCCUGUACUACAAACUCUAUCCAGGCGAUGCUAUCCCUUGCAUAUACGGGCUGCCAAAAAUUCACAAAGAGGGCGCCCCUCUGAGACCAAUUGUAAGCAGCAUCAACUCUGUGACAUACAACAUUGCUAAGUAUCUUGCCACCAUCCUUUCCCCAUUGGUGGGGGACACCCCCCACCACAUAAGGAACUCGAUGGACUUUACAAACAAGGUCAGAAAAAUCAGCUUAGACCCUGAGGAAACUAUGGUUUCAUAUGACGUGACUUCGCUUUUUACUUGCAUUCCCACUGGAGAUGCAAUACAGACAGUAAAGAGAAAACUCUUGCUUGACAACUCUCUGUCUGAGAGGACCAACCUCUCCCCCGAACAGGUGUGUGACCUCCUUAACCUUUGCCUCAGCACCACUUAUUUCCAGUACAACAAUGGUUUCUACAGGCAAAAACACGGCUGUGCCAUGGGAUCCCCUGUAUCCCCCAUUGUAGCUAACCUGUACAUGGAAGAAAUGGAGAUUGUGGCACUGAGAACAUUCAGUGGCCACUCCCCGAGGCACUGGUUCAGAUAUGUGGAUGACACAUGGGUCACCAUCAGGAAGGGUGAGGUCGCACCUUUCACAGAACACCUCAACUCGGUGGAUAAAAACAUCAAGUUCACAAGAGAGGAUGUCAGGACAACUGUCUGGCGUUUCUAGAUUGCGUGGUACGCAUUGAAACCAAUGGGGAACUCAACAUUGAGGUCUACAGAAAACCCACUCACACAGACCAGUACCUCCUGUUUGAUUCACACCACCCACUAGAACACAAGUUUGGGGUGAUCCGUACCUU